ACUGAGCCGGAUCUUGUCUUUCACUCGCCCCAGCUGCGCUUAGCCCGCGGCCCGUUCUCACCCAGGCGGUGGUAUGCGGCGCGCCUAGCAAGCAGCCAGGACCCGGGAAGGGGCAGCAAGCGGCUGCAGCGCGCCCUGGUCGCCGCCGGCGCUGCCAUGGUCCUGCUGCCCGCACGCCGCGCUCUUUUCGCCGCCGGCCGCCGCUGGCUCCCUCCUCACUAUGCUCCGGCGGCGGCGCGGCCCUCCUCGGGCGCUGGGGGCGAGCCCGAGAGCGAGGGGCCCGGCCGGGACACGGCGCUGCUGCGGCACCUGCUCCUGAAGCUGCGGGCCACCGGGCCCGUGACAGUGGCCGAGUACAUGAGGGAGGCGCUCACCAACCCCGGACAGGGCUAUUACACACGCCGCGGCGGCAUCGGCGAGAGCGGGGACUUCAUCACCUCACCUGAACUAACUCAGGUGUUUGGAGAGUUGAUAGGAAUAUGGUUUGUCAGUGAAUGGAUAGCCACAGGCAAGCCAAAAGCAUUCCAGCUGGUGGAGCUGGGCCCCGGGAGGGGCACUCUCACUGAUGACAUGUUACGGGUCUUCAAACAGCUUGCCUCUUUACUUAGUAAAUGUGAUGUCUCUAUUCAUCUGGUAGAAGUGAGUCCCAAACUCAGCGAGAUCCAAGCACUGCGGCUGACAGGAGGGAAGGUGCAGUCAAACCCUGAGGACAAUUCUGCCUACAUGAAAGGCAUUAGCAAGACUGGAAUUCCCAUUUCCUGGUACAGAGACAUUCAGGAUGUGCCCCCAGGUUACAGCUUUUACCUUGCACAUGAGUUUUUUGAUGCUCUGCCAAUACAUAAGUUUCAGAGAACAGAGAAGGGCUGGCGUGAGGUGUUGGUUGAUAUAGACCCAGAAGUUCCUGACCAGCUGCGAUUUGUCCUGUCACCAUCCCGUACCCCUGCGACGGAAAUCUUUCUCCAGCCUGAGGAAACAAGAGAUCAUGUGGAAGUGUGUCCUGAGGCUGGUGUCAUCAUUCAAAGGCUUGCCACUCGGAUAGAGGAGGAUGGUGGGGCUGCACUGGUUGCUGACUAUGGUCAUGAUGGAACCAAAACUGACACUUUCCGGGGUUUCCGGGAUCACAAGCUCCACGAUGUGCUGACAGCCCCGGGGACUGCAGACCUGACAGCAGAUGUUGAUUUCAGCUAUCUUCGAAAGAUGGCACAGGGAAGAACAGCCACACUGGGCCCCAUAAAACAGCGGGAAUUUCUGAAAAACAUGGGCAUUGAUGUCCGGCUGCAGGUGCUGUUGCAGAAUUCACGUGACACAGCGACUCGGAAGCAGUUACUUCACAGCUAUGAUAUGCUGAUGAACCCCGAGAAGAUGGGGGACUGUUUUAACUUUUUUGCCCUGCUGCCUCAUCAGAGACUUGUACAUCCCGACAAGAAACAUAAACAAGAAUCGAAGUCUCCCUUACCACCUGUGGCUGGAUUUAGUGAACUCUUAAUGAAGUAAUUUCAGCUACUACAGUAGGAGCUUGCAAUAGCAACUUACUGAAUAAAUUACACAAA